GGGUCUCGCGCUCGGUGCUCCACGGCAGCUUCAGGAUUCUUGGAUUUUUGUCGUCAUGGACGUGCUAAGUUACUGGUCUUACGUUGCACUUCGGGGAAGGGCAGAUAAGGCUCGUUUUCCUUGAAUCAACACUGCUUUAAAUUCGAGAGGCCUCUGGAAAAAACCCCAUUAUCGGCAGAAAACAUGAAUCGGCCAAACUUCCAAAAUCAUGGCAGCAGCAGUAACCUUUGCAUCAUCUCCGGGGUAGAUGAAGCGAAUGCAGUUUAAAAACGAGGCGAGAAGAUGAGUUAACCAAACUCCGUUUGGUUUUUCCAGACGUGAAAACCUAUUUUAGUAACGGCAUGAUGGCCAACGUUUGGGUUCGGCUGUGGAUUUUCUUAUGGAUAAGGCUCGUGCUUGUUGCCACAUGUUAACCACAUGGCCUCAGCCACAGGACACUUCCUAAGGAAGUGACUGCAUCUGGUCCUGGGGGUCCUAGGAAAAGAAAACAUUACUUGGUUUUCAUCUGUGACUUCAGAUAGUAUGUUUCAGGCAUUGUUCAGAAGGAUCCACGAAAAGGAUAAGAUCUGACUGCAGCCAUGAGCAGCAAUGAGUGCUUCAAGUGUGGACGGUCUGGCCACUGGGCCCGGGAGUGCCCCGCUGGUGGGGGCCGCGGUCGUGGGAUGAGAAGCCGUGGCAGAGGUGGUUUUACCUCGGAUAGAGGUUUCCAGUUUGUUUCCUCGUCUCUUCCAGACAUCUGUUACCGCUGUGGCGAGUCUGGUCACCUUGCCAAGGACUGUGACCUUCAGGAGGAUGAAGCCUGCUAUAACUGCGGCCGAGGCGGCCACAUCGCCAAGGACUGCAAGGAGCCCAAGCGGGAGCGGGAGCAGUGCUGCUACAACUGCGGCAAGCCCGGCCACCUGGCCCGCGACUGCGACCACGCAGACGAGCAGAAGUGCUACUCCUGCGGCGAGUUCGGGCACAUCCAGAAAGACUGCACCAAAGUGAAGUGCUACCGGUGUGGCGAGACCGGUCACGUAGCCAUCAACUGCAGCAAGACGAGUGAAGUCAACUGUUACCGCUGUGGCGAGUCGGGGCACCUGGCACGGGAAUGCACGAUCGAGGCCACAGCUUAAUUACUUUCCUUUGUCGCCCCUCCUUUUCUGAUUGAUGGUUGUAUUAUUUUCUCUGAAUCCUCUUCACUGGCCAAAGGUUGGCAGAUAGAGGCUACUCCCAGGCCAGUGAGCUUUACUUGCCGUGUAAAAGGAGGAAAGGGGUGGAAAAAAAAAUCGACUUUCUGCAUUUAACUACAAAAAAAAGUUUAUGUUUAGUUUGGUAGAGGUGUUAAUGUAUAAUGCUUUGUUAAAGAACCCCCUUUCCGCGCCACUGGUGAAUAGGGAUUGAUGAAUGGGAAGAGGUGGGUCAGACCAGGAAGCCCGUUCUGGGUUUCUCGAAUAUGUCCCAUGUAGGAGGUGAAACCAAUCCUGGAAGUGUCUGUGAGCUUCCAUAAAUAACUUUAAUUUUAGCAUAAUGACUGCCUUGGAUUGUCUGACCUCAGUAGCUAUUAAAUAACAUCAAGUAACAUCUGUAUCAGGCCCUACAUAGAACAUACAGUUGAGUGGGAGUAAACAAAAUAAAAAGACAAGCAUGCGUGUUGAUGGCUGUGCGAGAACACGGGAUAAAAGCCUGAGCAGGAGCAGCCUCCCCACAGCGUUGACGCUGGGUAAACAGACGGUGAUGGCAAUGGUGUAGAACACACGUUUUCAAAGACUAAAUCUAAAACCCAGAGUAAAACAUCUAUGCUCAGAGUUAGCAUAAUUUGGAGCUAUUCAGGAAUUGCAGAGAAAUGCAUUUUCACAGAAAUCAAGAUGUUAUUUUUGUAUACUAUAUCACUUAGACAACUGUGUUUCAUUUGUUGUAAUCAGUUUUUAAAAGUCAGAUGGAAAAAGCAACUGAAGUCCUAGAAAAUAGAAAUGUAAUUUUAAACUAUCCAAUAAAGCUGGAGGAGGAAGGGGAGUUUGACUAAAGUUCCUUUUGUUUGUUUCAACUUUUCAUUAAUGUAUAUAGUGCAAAAUGCCAUAUUAAAAAGGGGAGUGGAGGACCGGAA